GGAUUUUUCUACCGGUCUGUUCUUCAUCUCCUUUUUCACAUGAAUGUUAGGAUUAUCUAAUGUUAAAAUUGUUUAGUUUUAUUGGUAUAUUUUCAAACUUCAUGACAUUGUCUUGUAGCUUCACUUGUAUAAAUUCCACUUUAAAAUAAUUUAAUAUUAAAUUAUUUCUCUAAAUGGAUCGGAAACAGCCUUUCUACUUCUUUAGAGGUAGUGGUAUGGACUGCGUACAUCUUACCCUUUCCAGACCUCACUAUGUGGGAAUACACUGGGUUGUUGUUGUUGUUGUCUCUAAAUGGAGGUAUGUCCUUGCGUUGCUGAGCUAGUCUCGCCCUUCCAAGUUUAAAAUCUCAACUAUAAGUUGUUCCUUUCUCUUACCUAAAUUAUCACCAUCUAUGCACCAACACAAACAUGAAUGUAUAGAUAGUAAGGGGUGGUUUAAUAAGAGGUACAAAGUGGGAUAUUCAUGGAUAAGUUUAAAAUAUCUCACGGAUAAAAUUUAUGUCGCGUUUGGUUGAUGGUACAAAAUCAAGUCUAUGAAUUAUAAUUCUGAAAUAAUUUAAUUUACGUAUUAAACUACAACUAAUAGUUUAGCUAAAGAAAGGAAAACGACUGAUAGUUAACUUAGGCAAUUUCGAAAUGUGUUUCAAUGAUGAUAGACAUAUAAAACUCGAAAAAAAAAAGUGACAGUAGUAGUUCAAAUAUGUUUGGCAGCAUUAAGCGCAGUCUGGUGUAUUAAAAUUUUCGCUAUUGUACGCAGGCUUAUUUUAUAUUUUUGUAAGAAGCUAUUUUCAAAACUUGAAUCUGUGAUCUCUUAAUCAUAUGGCAACAACUUUACGAUCAUUAAUUUAAGUAAAAAAUUCGAUGAAAGCUAGUCCAUGUCUGACUCAGUAUGUACGUGUCAUUCAUUACACAGUGAAGUGAAAUUAGAACAAAGUCCUUUUAUGGAUUUAUCGUAGGGUGUGUUUCCAUGAAAUUAAGUUAACUAAUAAAAUAAGUAGAUUCUAUUUUGUUUAUUUUUUUCCGUUUGACAAAUAAACAAAAGAUAAUAUUUUUAAAAUAUUAAUUUUAGGAAGGUUCGAUGUAAGGCAAGUUCAUGUCUGCCAUCUGAUUAAGUAUACAGUCAAGUGAGAUUAAAUUUGCUCUUAGAGACAAGUGUAUUAUAACCAAAUGACUUGCAAAGAAAUUUCUGUGUGUUUUCCCUGUGCAUAUAUUGUAGAUUAAGCAAAGGCUGAAUUAAAGACUAAACUGAUUUGAUUACUUUUGUGGCCAUGUUGCUCGGACUCUCCAAAAAUGUUAUCGCACCUGUGUCAGAUCCUUUAAAAAUAUACUAAUUUUGAAGAAUUCCAUACCCACACAUUGAUAUUUUUGAAGAGUUCAAGCAACAUAGUCCUUCGCAAGAAAUAUACACACCAUCCCGUGUCAGAUCUUUGAAAAAAAUACUAGUUUUAGAAGAUCCGACAUGCAUACAUCGAUAUUUUUAAAGAAUUCGAGCAAAAUAAUGUGGCAAGAAAUAUACACCCCAUCUCCCUCUUUAAGGGAUGAUAGCACUUUUGGUUCCUUAAUUAUCAAUAAAUUUUGAUUUUAAUCUUUGUAAUAACUGAUUAAGCAUAUUAUUGAACCUUGAAUUAGUUGAAUUGGUGCACUUUUCAUCCCACUCAUUUUGAAUUCAUUCCAAAUUUACCAAAUUAUAAUGUUACUAUGUGUAUAUGUAAUGAUGCUCAAAAUUUGCUGGUAGUAUAAUUUUAAGAAUUAUCUUAAAAUAACAUAUUUUCCUCACUGAUGAAAAACAUAUUUUUUUUUUCUAAUAGAAGGUUAAAUAUGCUUGGUUAAAUAUCAUAUGGACCAAAAUAAAAGUUUACUAAUUACUUGAAAGGAUCACAAGUGUUAUUAUCACUUUUUUUAUAAAUAUUAGUCAAUACACGCAUCAACGACAUAUACUAUGGUUUAAUUAAAGACUUUAAAAUGAUUCUCUCUACAUACGUAAACACGUAUUAUGUCAAAAAUUAAGAUGUAGAAAUGUUCAAAUUAUAAAAUCGUGUACUAAUAUUCUCUAUUAAAGCGACUCAAAACCCUCAUAAUAGAAAGGGGCAUGUUUUUUGAUGCACACAAAUCGAUAAACAAUCUUAAGUACUAGAAAUUUUCCGUUGGAGCAGAGGAUCUAUCGAAAAAUUCUCUACCCCCACCAACAAGGUAGGAGUAAAGCCUAUAAAACGUUGUGCUCUCCCCAGAGCCCACUUGCACUUGCAGGAGUACUCGUUUGAGCAAAGGAUCUGUCGAAAACAAAUUCUCUAUCCCCACAAGAUAGGAAUAAAAUCUAUAAAACGUCCUGCUCUCCCUGCCCCACUUGGAGAAGUACGAUGGGAUUAUUUCGAAACACAAAAACAAAAAGAACUAAAACAAUGGCACGCCGCUUCAGCACCUUUGCUCUUAAGCUAAAAGUACACUGCAAGUACUGUGCAAGAGAACUUGAAAAAGAGCUGCAAAGUAUCAAGGGGGUUCGUUCGGUGACGAUUGAUGAAGAACUUGGAAAAGUAGUCAUCUCAGGCAAAAUAGACCCAGCAAAACUCCUACGCAAGUUUAGAAAGGAUGGAAGAGAUGCAGAAUUCUGGGGUGAACAAGAAGAACCUCAUAAAGAUACUAACGCGCUAUCAGAAGUGACUGAUCCGCUGAAUGAUCCUGACAUUAAGGCACAACUGGAGAAAUGUACUGAUAACUCCAGUGUUAAAAGUGUGGAGGUGACCAAAAGUGUUAAGGUGACCUAUGAAGGGGAUUCUAGAAAUGGCCCUAGUGAAAAAAUUGUGGAGAUCAACAACACCACUAAGAAUGUGAAGAAACCUCAUGAUCAUUAUGAUCAUUCCCAUUGUGGUGGUGGUGAACUUUGUGGUGCUUCUUCAUCAUGCUGUGGUGGUCACCCUGCUAUAAGUCAUAAUCCUAAUCAUGGAUGUUGCCAAUGUGGCAACACUACUAGUCUUGGUCCUUGUUGUGCACAUGGAAGAAACUCAUGUUACUACCAUAGCCAAUAUGGUAAUAACACUAGCUGUGGUCUUUGCUGUGCCCAUAGAAGAAACUCGUGUUAUAAUCACUAUAGUCAAUAUGGUAAUACUGGUUAUGGUUCUUAUUAUGCAAAUAGCAUUUCCCCAUCAGCCCCACCUUUACCAAGUGACUAUUACCGGGCGCCACCACCCUCGGCGGUGCCAGAUGAUUAUUAUCAAGCACCAUCAUCACCACAAUCCUCGAGGUAUUAUUAUCAGGCACCACCAUCCUUGGGAAUACCUCACCCAUAUUACAGCUUCUUAAAUGAGAAGGUGAAUGGCUGCAUAAUAAUAUGAUUUGGCACUUCUUAUUUAUCAAAAGAGGGUUGUAUGUAAGUGUGUGUAUGUGUGUGUGUGAGGGGGGAAAAAGAAACACAGUAUAGGAGUGUAGUAGUUACUGUGUAUGUAACUUUAUUGUGCGACUACUUUGGUAAUUUUUACUCCUGUAAAUAUUCUCUCAUGUCCACUUUGUUAGAUUCUCUUAACAUUGAUCAUUACAAUGAUCAUUAGAGAGGCCCUAUUCCAGCAAUUGAAAUAAAAAAUGUGCUUAGUCCAUGACUAUCCAUGGGGUAU